AUGGAUGCAGUUGUUCCCGCCGAGAUCACCGCAGAACUUACUCAGAUCCUAUCCAAUCUCGUCUUGGGCGACAAUGAAAUUCGGUCAAACGCUGAAAAGGCCGUGAACGAACGGCUGGCCCAUACACCGGAGCUUUAUCUCCUAGCACUUGCGCAGUUUGCGAUCACUGCUGAUACCGAAGUGAUGCGAUCAUUCUCCCUUGUCCUGCUCAGAAGACUUCUAUUCAGGCCGAAGCCAGUUACAUCGCCAACUUCACCAUCUCCGAACCAGCCUCGUAGCUGCCUUUACGAUCACUUACCAACUCAAUCCCUCACCACCUUGGAGCGACUUCUUCUCCACUCUCUGGCUCAUGAACCAUCACCAUCCGUCCGUCCCAAGUCAGUCGACACUGUCUGCGACUUGGCGAACCAAAGCAUGAAUCGAGGACGACCGUGGCAUGCACUCCAGGCUCAAAUCUUUAGCAUGGCUCAACAAGGUGAAUCAGGCGACGCCAUAAUUAUGCCAGGCGCAGUCAAGCCGGAACUAUUGAGGGAAAGCGCCUAUAGGGUGUUUACCGGGUGCCCGAAUUUGGUCAUGGAUCUACAGACUGAUGCCGUCUUGUCCGUAUUUCAGAGGGGACUCCAGGAUCCGUACAGCGUCGAGGUCCGUUAUGCCUCUCUGUCGGCAUCUGUCGCCUACCUCUCCGCUUGCGAUCCUCAUCAACUCGCUCAGUCACUCGCCCUCGUCCAUCUCAUGCUCGACACGCUCCCUGUUCUAGCAACCCCCUCCCAAAAUCCUUCGCAAUCCCACAGCAACACCCACUAUCUUUCAAAAUUCCUCACGACCCUCACGCCCCUGUGCUCUUCGCACCCAUCUCUCUUCGAACCUCACCUCCAGGCUCUCCUCCGAUUCCUACCUGCCCUGCUCACCCCAGCAGCAGACUGCGGUCCGACACCGACCGUAGCCAAACCUUUCCCCAUUAGUAGUGAUGGCGGUAGUAAUGGACGUCAGACAGCCUUUGUUUUCCCACCGACAUCCCCACUUGCACCUUCCGGCAGCGAAGCCUCGCACGACCCUUCUGCGGAGCCGAAUGACUCGACAGAUGACGAUGAACGUGCCGCGCUUCGCCUUGCUACACUUGAGUUCAUGGUGUCGCUGUCAGAAGCGCGGCCGGGGAUGGUGAAGAAAGUCAGUGGGUGGGUUGGCGUCAUUGUGCGGGCGUGUUUAGAGGGUAUGGGUGGAUUUGAUGAAUCUGAAUCAACCAACGAAGGGCUACAGUCAUGGUUGAAUGACGACCCUUCCUCACCAACAAACGCCGCGACUCUCAGCGCCGAUACAGAGUCCACUCCCGCUUUGUACGAACAAUCGCUUGACCGAUUAGCUUGCGCGACGGGUGGCCGUGCAGUUUUACCUCCGGCAUUUAUACAGAUACCUAGUAUGUUAGCCAGUUACGAUUGGAGGAUUCGACACGCAGGCCUAAUGGCCAUAGCAUCAAUCGCCGAAGGGACCGGCAAGGUCAUGCUCAACGAGUUAGGGAAAGUUGUUGAUCUCGUCAUCCCGAUGUUCCGAGACUCGCAUCCGCGAGUCCGCUAUGCAGCAUGCCAAUGCGUCGGCCAGCUUUGUACGGACCUUGAGGAAGUCAUCCAAGCGAAGUACCACGAGCAACUGUUCUCAGCCCUCAUACCGACGCUAGAAGAUCCCGAACCGAGGGUGCACUCGCACGCCGCUGCGGCAUUGAUUAACUUUUGCGAAGGCGUGGAGCGGGAUACACUCGUUCCUUAUCUUGACCCAAUUGUAGAGAGGCUUUUGAAGCUCCUGAAUCCCCAAGGAGACCCAUCAACCGUCCGACGUUAUGUUCAAGAACAAGCUGUCACCACGCUUGCCAUGGUGGCUGACGCUAGCGAAGUUACGUUUGCCAAGCACUACCCAUCUAUAAUGCCGCUACUCUUAAACAUCCUUCAAAACGCCGAAGGCCCUUCGUACCGUAAGCUAAGGGCUAAGGCUAUGGAAUGCGCUGGGCUGAUCGCUAUCGCCGUCGGGCGUGAGACGUUCCGCCCCGACGCGAAUUCGUUGAUAGAAUCUCUCAUUCGAAUACAAAAUUCACCACCUGAUCCGAACGAUACAGAGGGCCACUAUCUCAUUGCCACUUGGGCGAAGGUUUGUCAAGCGAUGGGCGCUGAGUUCGAACCAUACCUACCUGUCGUCAUGCAACCGCUGCUAACCGCGGCAAACGCGAAGGCAGACAUAUCGGUCUACGACGAUGACGAGGUGCAGCCAGACGAUCGCAAUGGGUGGGAGACUCUUCCGAUAAAUGGCCAGAAUGUUAGCAUCCGGACGUCAGCUAUAGAUGAAAAAUGCCAGGCCUUCGAAACCCUUCUUAUCUACUGCUCGACGUUGGGCCCGAGAUUUGCUCCAUACCUUCCGCAAACAUUGGAGCUCACGCUUCCGUCACUCAAAUUCUAUUUUCACGAAGGCGUCCGGGAAGCUUGUGCGAUGCUGAUACCCAUGCUCCUCGCUUGCGGCAAGACAAGCGGGACUCUGACUAACCAGAUGGUCUCCGCCACUUUCCUCCAGCUUAUAAACUGCAUCAGCACCGAAUAUGAUGCAUCCUUCCUCGCUUCUCUGUACAAAUGUUUCACCGACUCUGUUCAGGUACUCGGUGGCGUUUCAGCUCUCUCUCCUGAGUUCCACGAGGGCGUCAUCGAGGCUACCAAACGACAGCUUCAGUCUUUGGCCGAGAAACGUAAAACGCGUUCACAUCAGGCGUCGAUGAAUUUGGAAGAUAGUAGAGAGGAAAUGGCGCUUAUGGAGGAGAUUGAAGAUUUCUCGCUAGAAGAAGUGGGGAAAAUGUUGCAAUGUUUCGACCAGAACCACCCACUUCUAGUUGCGGUUACGAGCGUUCGAGAGUUGGGAUUCAACACGUGGGAUAGCGAGGACGAAGGUGAAGAAGAAGGCUAG